UGUUGAGCGGUCAACUUGACCAUUGAAUGUUUUCAAACUUUUAAUAAGUUUCUCGAAUUUCGGACUUUAAAUGUGCUUCCCUUUAUGGCUAACAGUGGUAUAUUGUGCUCUAGAGGGCAAUUGAAAAUUUCCGUUUAUGCCAAUCACGGAUUGUUAACCGUUCAUGUCAUUCAAGCAAGACACCUGUUCGGCGCCACGGGCCAAUGUUCUAGUUUUGUUACUCUUCACAUACAACCCGAACAUGAAAGACGGGAACAGACAUCUGCGACGACGCGAAUCGUGCAUGGACAUUCACCGGUGUACGACGAAAAGUUUUCAUUUGAGAUUUGUAACGAUAUGACUAGAAAGAGGAUACUUUUGGCUGUCUAUCUCCAGCCGGCUUCCAGUUCGAAUGCUCAAUUUCUUGGUUGUACGUCGUUUGGAAUUCACCAUCUGCUGUGUGGGAAGAAGGUGAUGAACGACUGGUAUUAUCUAUUGAAAAGACAGACGGGAGCAAAGAAGCAUCUCAGAGUUCCAUAUAUUUCUCAAAAUUCAUUACCAUCUGCCGAUAAUUCAGUGCCGUCCGUUAAUAAAUCUCUUUUCGGAAUGUCUUCAUCAACUGUCGUCCUGGAAAGAACGAAUGAAGAGGAAUCGUUUGGUAUUACCGUUACCGGAUCCUGCCCAGCGAGAAUAGCAUCUGUCGCCCCAAAUAGUUCCGCUUCAAUGGCUGGGUUGCAAAAAGGCGACUGCCUCGUUCGAAUAAACAAUCAAAAUGUUUCUAGAUCUAUUUCGAAUAGCGUAACCAAAAUGUUAAAUAAUAAUGAUAAACAUCUCGUCUUGGACAUUUACCGAAAACGACAAAAAACCUCUUCAAUCGGCUCUUCAACCGGAAGAAGCUUAGAUUGUGAAGGAGCUGUUAAUGACGACUAUAAAGGCGAAUUUUACGAAGACGAUGAAAACAUUUAUGAGAAUGACAUCUUUGAAAGGAACAUAGAUCCCGAUGAUAAGGAAAAUUUACCAUCACCUUCUAUUCAAGGAGCCAUCUAUAGAUCACCUAGCAUAGGCCUAAUGCUUCCUCCACCUGCCGGAUGCUCCUCCCCGGAUGUUUCCAUCCAGGGACAAGACGACAGAAUAUCAGCCAUUAAAGAUCUAGUUAAGACCGAAAGGGAAUUCUCGAAUAAAAUUAGUAUUGGUGUGACACGAUAUUCAAAACCCUUACGAGGUGGCCUUCGGCAAAUGUUCUCGUCGAAGAAACAUACGGAUGACUGGAAGCCCUGGAGUCAUUUGUUCUUAAAUAUCGAAAAACUCGGGCAAUUAUCUAGUAUACAACUAACCCAACUCGACCCUGAUGGAAGUAUCGAUGAUAUGAACGUCGGAGGUCUAUAUAAAGCCCGUUUACGGUCGGUGUGCGAAGAAUACCUAUACUUUUCAAAAAAUUUAUUUACCGCUCUACAAUUGCUGGAAGAACUGCAAGAUUAUAAUGAAUUCCGGGAAUUUAUAAAGAAAAACGAAACGAAAAAAUUAACUUUAACUCAAUUCCUACGACUACCAGUCAAACAUAUGCACCAUUUGUUUAGUUGCCUGCAAAACGUGUUAUCUAGUACGCCCUCUAGCCAUAGGGAUUUCGAAGAAUUAUCCUUUGUUGUGAGAGAAUUAAGAUCCUGUUGUAAAGAGAUGGACAAACGAAACUUUAUGUAUAGAGAUAUGUUUAGUAGUUUAAGAGACAAUUGACUAUUUUCUAUUUAUUAAAUUGUGAAUCCUUAUUAAACACGAGUCACGAAUAAUUAUAAA